AGGUUAGGGCCUGCUAGCUCUGCUUGGUUGCUGUGUGCUCUGUCACAGUGACUGGAGCAGAGGGGGAAACACUUGCGGUUUAGAAGUUGUCCUGCUUAAGAAGGGUUUCCCACUGUUUCUGCACCCAAGCUGAAGCCUCUUUUAUGUGGGGAAGGUUUUUCUUCUUUGAAGACUUGGCAAAUAUUUGCCCAGCAUGGAUGUGAAGGAGACACACAUGUGCUACUGAAAUCAUGAAUCCUGUGUAUAGCCCUGGUUCUUCUGGGGUUCCCUAUGCAAAUGCCAAAGGAAUUGGUUAUCCAGCUGGCUUCCCAAUGGGCUAUGCAGCGGCUGCUCCUGCCUAUUCCCCUAAUAUGUAUCCUGGAGCAAAUCCUACCUUCCAGACAGGUUAUACACCAGGCACCCCAUAUAAAGUAUCUUGUUCACCUACCAGCGGUGCAGUCCCGCCAUAUUCUUCGUCACCGAAUCCCUAUCAGACUGCUGUGUACCCAGUUCGAAGUGCCUAUCCACAGCAGAAUCCAUAUGCACAGCAAGGCACUUACUACACACAGCCUUUAUAUGCAGCACCACCCCACGUAAUUCACCACACCACAGUUGUGCAGCCUAAUGGCAUGCCAGCAACUAUGUAUCCUGCUCCUAUUCCGCCACCAAGAGGAAAUGGUGUGACUAUGGGGAUGGUGGCUGGGACUACUAUGGCAAUGUCAGCAGGUACUUUGUUGACAACUCAUUCCCCAACUCCAGUAGCCCCUCAUCCAGUUACUAUGCCCACGUACCGGGCUCCAGGCACACCAACCUAUAGUUAUGUGCCCCCACAGUGGUGAUCAUCCUGGCAGUCAGUGGUUGAAGAUGGGAGAUAUGCAAUCAAGAAAUUGAGGUUUAAAAGUUGGUGCUGAAGCCCUCAUGCCUCCAACCAGGACUUUUCUUCUGAAUGCUUUCAACACUUGGCUAAACACUACUAAUUCCUGAUCACUGAAGAUUUUCCAGUGCUGCAUAUCUUACAUCUUGGAACUCCAGCAGUUAGUCUUAAAGCAAAUCCUGUUUUGUGGACUGUCUUGCAAUUUUUUAGCUAAUUAUAAUGAUAAAAAGGGAGUAUAAAUUUAUUCUGAUCCAUAUCUAGUCAAAUGCAUGUUAAAACACAAAAACAAAGCUUGCUCAAUCUACCUGCAGUGACUGAUGCAAAAACCAUCAUAUGCAAAUCCAAAGGAACCGAGAAGUAUUUUACAACUUGUAUCACUAAUGCACUGUUGUAAUGUAUGCAGGGUCUUAAAAGGUAGAAUCAUGAAAGUGAGUUUCUUUGUAGACCACCAUAAGAUACAUUAGAUAGUGCUUCAACCUUUUUGGGGUUGAUGGAAUUGCCAGUUUAAAAGGGGCACUUUUUUUUAGUGAUAUAUUCUUUUCAAAUUCAACUACGAAAUUGGAGUGACUAGAAUAAAAGCUGGAAAAGCUGUAGAAAUCCCACACACAAUUAGUUUACUUCAUACCUUUUCACUUUCAUUAUAUGAAUUCAGUGUUAUACAAAUGUUCUUAAGGAUCAGAAUGAAAUGAUAAAGGUAAUGCUGUGUGUGCCAGUAAAUAAAGCAAACUUCCUUGAGGCAAAACUUGCUAUUGGGAAUAGUAGGAGGUGACAUCACCUGCAUAACAAAUUGCAUGUCCUGGGGAGAUACAUAUCCAGUACUAUCUUUCAUAUGAUGCAAGAUGUGUUAAAGUGAGACUGCCACACAGGCUGAUAGAAAAACACUUUCUUCUAGUUCUCAGUUCAGGAAAUCUGUGUUGUUUUUCCUAAACAAUGUUGUAGUCAGUUAAAAACUUAUGUGCAGUUGACCCAGCUUGCUUUCCUGAAAUUUAAGAAAUGCUAGAUCUUUUUACUACAAACAGGAGGAGUUCAGCUGCAUGUUGUCCCGAGGAAAGCUUGUGUGCCUGAGUAUGUUAAAGGGGAACAAAUCAUUUUAACACAACUUCCUUGUUAGCUACUUGCAGUAUGGACUGUAGAUAUGCUGUAAUAGGGCUACCAGAAUAUAGAGGUUUCAGAUAAUUCAUUUUUUUUCCUGAAAAUAUUUGUUAUUGAAGUAGGAGCCAUUCAGUGGUUACAGCAUUUUGAUGUAUUUUCUUAGUGGUUUUUUUUUUUUUUUUUUUUUACUUCCUAAAUUGCACUUGGAAGCAUGUAAAAUAAGACUGACUGCAGAUUAGCAAUUUCAUUGCAAUGAGUCAUUUCUGAUAUUCUUUCUUGCAAUUUCAAUUUUUUUAAAAAGUACCUCAAAAAAUGCUGUGGUGAUAAAGGGCUAGCCUUAGAACCCAUUUGUAUUCCAAAAUUCUUAUGGGGAAGAUUUUAAAUUUUUUAAUUUGAAUGUUGCACAUAAAAUUAAGGUUUUUCUUAAACCUGCUUAUGAUUCCGGAAAGAUGAGAUUUUGUUUUGGAGACAUUCUGCCUGCAAUAAAUUAUGCAGUAAAUGGUUAUAAAAUGUUAUUCCCUACUAAGCGUUUACACAGAGGUGUAUCAGGCUGUAUCGUUCCUGUAGGUUAAUUUCCAUUCAGAAAUGAUUUUUUUUUUUAUAAGUUCUGUAUCUAGUUAUUUUUUUUCUGGGGUGUUCUGCUCCUCUACAGACUUGGCGGGUACAUCAGGGUAACAUCAGUGCUGAUUUAAUGCUUCCAUUCCAGUACUUUGCCCUGGUGGGAUGCUUGUGAACCAGAUAAUCCGUUGGUGGGUAGAGCCUUCAGUAACUUUAUUUUUUACAGUAAGCACUCUCCAUUAUUUUUUAAAAGUUUUUUUCCUUUUGUUUUAUAAAAUUUAGGAUUAUUUUGCAAGAAUGACUGCCAGUGGACAGCCCCCUUAUUUCUAAUGCCUUUAACAUAAAUGAUGUUGUUGAAAUAAGUACUUUAAACCUUACUCAUGAGCACUUAGAGCAGCUUAGGGACUUCCAUAUGUUUUUAUAUGGAGCAGAAAAUUACCCCCAGACAACCCAUUUGAAUCUGUACUGCUUUGGUCAAGUCUGUUUAACAAUUCCAUUUGUGUUGUAGGUUUGCAGCUUUGAUUAGUCAGGUGUGCCAGAGAGUACAGUGAACAUUAACACAGGCCAUUUGUUCAGUUUAGCUAGUAGAGUGUGACAUUUUUGUUGUCUUAGCAUGAUUUUAACAAAGUUGAGGUGUGAACCAGUGCUAUGUUGGGGAGAAGCUAUAAAGAACAAGCUCAAAGCUUUGCUGUCUCCUGUCUCAUCACCCUAUAAAUUAAAGCUUUGAAAAUCCUAGGAGAGAACUUUUCAUGAAUGCUGCAUUAGAUAAAUAGCUAAGGAAUUAAUAUAACAUCCUGUAUAUUUGCUCUAACUUCAGAUUCCUAAAUGUCAUCUUGGAAGUGGUCUCUGUAUAAUAUUCCAUAACAUUUGGGCAGUCUCACUUACUUGAGCACUUUUUUUUCUAAGUUGCAUUACGGGAUUCAUCCACAAGGGGGAAACUUUGCCUUUUUUUAAAAAAAGGUACCACACCUUCCAGUUUUGAUCAGUUACAGUCUGCUGGGAGGGUGGAGCAUGUCUCCAGUAGUUUGAUAUGGGAAUUAACCAAAAGCACAGUGCGGGGGGCUGGGCGGGGGGAAUGGGAGGGGAAUAUGUGUAUAUAUAACUAUCUUAAUGGUAUUUUGUUGCAAAUAGUAGAAAGCAUGGAUAUAAAACUGUGGCGGGGGAAACUGUACAACGUUAAAUAGGCGUUUACACAGUGAGGGUCUUAUGAAACAUUCUCUCCUGCUUUUUAUAUAACAUUCCCUAUUUAGAAUUCCUUUAUUAAUAAAUACGCAGUAUGUGUUUGCACUAGAGCUCCUUGGAAAAUGAAAAGAGCUAGUGCAGUAGAGACAUUUCAGAUCAAGCUUCUCUUUAAAAAACAACAAAAAAAAACUUUUAUGGCAGCUUUAUAUGAUUAAAAAAGUACUACUUUGAACCUGGAACUGAAGAUAACUUGCAGCAAUAACAGAGAGAAGUCCAAGAUAGUGUUUUGUUUUGUUUUUAAUUCAAAUUUCAGGUGUUGAAUUUAGAUAAAGUAUUUUUUAAAGACUGAGGUAUUCCCUAUGUCAGUAAUAACUGAUGAAAUGUCUUUUAAAUGUAGCAGCAGCAAAAUAAAAAUGGCUAGUAAUUGGCACCUACAACUUGUAGCCCUAGUCAGUGGUGUGGUGGUUAUUAACCGAACGAUAAGAAGGAGAACAGAGAGCUUACUACUAGAUCUUGCCUAUGCUUGUUGUAACCAUCUCCUGUUUGAAGUUUCUAGGAGACGUACAGGAAUGCUGUUGAUGAAAGCUUCUUUUUGAGUGUACUAUGCAAGUAAAAUGCUUAGAUGCAGUGAUAGAUGCAAAAAAACAAAACACCUUUAUUGUAGUUGAAGUCCUUCCUCAUAUCACUUCAUCCACUGGAGGAAAAAACAAACAAACAAAAAAACCUGUAAGUACCACAAUGUCUUAGUGUUGUCUGAGGAUAUUUCAUGGUACAGAGUUGUAUACCAGGGUACUCAGUGUUGACUAUUCUUCAUGGAGUGUUCAGGCUUCACUUCUACUUGGGUAGUAGCUUCUUAAGGUAUCUGAGCAAGAAAUGGUCAGAGUUAGCUUGGAAUCACUCCCCAGUGCUUAAGCACAGUAUUAUACACCGUUCAUUUGGGUUUAGAACAUAUUUUUGCUUGAAUAGGUAAGCACAGCAAUCUGAUACCACCACUUAACUCUAGGCUUAGAGUCAUACCAGAGAAUAGUGAAUACCAUGUAUGUGAAACUCCCGUGUUUGGAACAUGAAAAAUAGUAAUGCUUCAGCUAGAACUCGGGGGAAAGAGGGCAGAUGGAUGCUGUAGUUGUGAAAUUGUAAUUUGCAGUUGCCCAGGAUGUGGUUUGUGCUGUAGUUGGUAGGAAAUAGGCAUGAUCCAUGUCCGGUCUUCUCCAGCAGGUGUCACUGGCUGACCUUAGCAGUUGCAGAGGAUCAAAAGCAAUCGAUUAAUCCUCAUGUUGAAAUGUUUGUGAACACUUGUUCAAAAGACAUAAAGAUUUAAGCUCAUUAAGGUUGUUUCUCCUAUAAAGUGUUAGCUUUCUAAUACUAUAUCAACUCUAAGCUUCUUGCAGAAACCCUAAGAUUUGAUGAGGUAAAUGCUAAUUAAAAGGAACAACUGCAGCAAAGUUAGAAUUGUUUUGUGUAUCAAGUCUCACAAAGGAUAAAGAUCUUUCAGAAGUAGUGAGGACUCUUUCAGCAGUCUGUGUGCACCUCUGUUUAGGGGGCAUGUUGAGAGAAAGUAAGGUGUGUUUUGCAGAGGGAAGAGAGGGAAGAGGAACAGCGUUUAUCUGGGGAAGAGGAAACCUUUUCUUUUGUAUGUUGAAUACAACACUUAAACAUCUAAUUCCAGAGGUCGUAAGGGUCCAUUUGUGAUUUAAAAAAUAAAAUCUAAACAAUCUAUGGGCUCUGAAGUUUCAACAUCAAGAAAGUAAACAUGACUUUUUGAAACUGUUGUGACUUUUGGGCACUUAGCAGGCAAACUGGGAAAGCUUUUUUAGCUGGCUGCUGUACAGACUUGUUAUAAGUAGAAUGGAUUUGUUAGUGUUGUGUUCUUUUGUUUUGUUUUUGGUUUUGUUUUUUUUUAAAUUGUAAUGCUAUUAUUGGCUGCCCUCAUGUCUAAGACUUGGAAAGGUGAGUGCAUGCAAUGGAAGUACAAGAGGCCCCAGUAAUAGUUCUCCAUGUUUGUUAUGAAAUAGACACAGGUUUCCUUUUUAUGACUUUUUUUAAAACUGUCUUACGAACAGUUGUAUUGGUACUUUUUUUUUUUUUUUUUUUUUUUUUUUUUUAAGUUUAGGUCAAUGUUGU